GUUGCUGUUCUGUCUGGUUUGGACGGGGCCUGCUGAUUAUAAUUGAAGCACCAGCAAUAACAGGGGACUGAAGGUAAAAGCAAAGAUUGUUAUAACGUAAAAGGGAGAACAAUAAUGCCGGAAAAAAAUACAUAUAGACUGUAAUUCCAAAUCAUAACGAUUUGUAAUUCUUUAAAAGUUGACUGGUAACAACUAACGUACAAUUCGCGAGUUCACCCGACCACCGUUUUACUAUCUUGCUAGCUAACGUUAUGCUAAGUUAGCUAACUAACCUGCAAUAACACGCCGCCGUUGUGGGUAGAAAAACAAGCUCAGCUGGCAUUCGUUGGUUAUUUUUUGGAGGAUGUGUGAUCACUGACAGAUCAAUACACCACCUUGGAGAAUCUGCAGAGGAUUUGCUACUUCGUGAGAGCGUUAUCCAGUUUGCUAUUAUUUCGGGGAGAGGGUCUCUUUGGCUAAAGUAUCUAAAGAAUUCAAGGUAUUGAGACGUUUUUGUCAGAGACACAUCUGACGCCCUUCGCCAACAGUCACAGCUCCCCUUCCCCCGCUUUUCCCCCUGUGACCCCACCCUGACACCCAGCAACCCUCUGUCCUCUGCCCCAGCAUGAACGACAUCAUUGUGGUCAGAGAGGGCUGGCUCCAUAAGAGGGGAGAGUACAUUAAGACGUGGAGGCCGCGGUACUUUAUCCUGAAGAGUGAUGGCUCCUUCAUCGGCUACAAGGAGAAACCAGAGAUGUUGUCCGACCACAGCCUCCCACCCCUCAACAACUUCUCUGUGGCAGAGUGCCAGCUGAUGAAGACAGAACGGCCCAGGCCCAACACGUUUGUCAUCCGCUGCCUACAGUGGACCACAGUCAUAGAGCGCACCUUCCACGUGGAGAGUAACGAGGAAAGGGAGGAAUGGAUGAGAGCGAUCCAAGCGGUGGCCAACGGCCUGAAGACGCGAGAGGAAGAGGCGCCCAUGGACAUCACGUUUGGCUCCCCCAGCGACUGCAGCAGCAUGGAGGAGAUGGAGGUGGCCAUGUCCAAGUCCCGCAAUAAAGUGACCAUGAGUGACUUUGACUACCUGAAGCUGCUGGGGAAGGGAACGUUUGGUAAGGUGAUCCUGGUGAAGGAGAAGGCCACAGGAAUGUACUACGCUAUGAAGAUCCUGAGGAAAGAAGUCAUCAUCGCUAAGGAUGAGGUAGCACACACGGUAACAGAAAGCAGAGUCCUUCAGAAUACAAGGCAUCCCUUCUUAACGACACUGAAAUACGCGUUCCAAACACAUGACCGGCUAUGCUUUGUGAUGGAAUAUGCAAACGGAGGAGAGCUGUUCUUUCACUUGUCGCGGGACCGUGUGUUCACAGAAGACCGGGCACGGUUCUACGGUGCGGAGAUUGUGUCUGCGCUGGAGUACCUCCACUCACAGGACGUUGUCUACAGAGACCUUAAGCUGGAGAACUUAAUGCUGGAUAAAGAUGGACACAUAAAGAUCACAGAUUUUGGACUGUGUAAAGAGGGAAUCACAGACGGGGCUACCAUGAAGACCUUUUGUGGGACUCCAGAAUACCUUGCACCUGAGGUAUUAGAGGACAAUGACUACGGCCGAGCGGUGGACUGGUGGGGUCUGGGUGUGGUCAUGUAUGAGAUGAUGUGCGGUCGACUGCCCUUCUACAACCAGGACCACGAGCGGUUGUUUGAGCUCAUUCUCAUGGAGGAGAUCCGCUUCCCCAAGAACCUGGCCCCCGAAGCCAAGGCCCUGCUUGCUGGCCUGCUCAAAAAGGACCCCAAGCAGAGGCUUGGAGGUGGACAAGAAGAUGCCAAAGACGUGAUGACUCAUAUGUUCUUCACCACCAUCAACUGGCAGGAUGUGGUAGAGAGGAAGCUCUUGCCUCCCUUCAAGCCCCAGGUGACGUCGGAGACGGACACGCGCUACUUUGACGAUGAGUUCACGGCACAGACCAUCACCGUAACGCCCCCGGACAAGUACCACAGCUUAGACGCAGAAGACCAGGACCAGCGCACACACUUCCCUCAGUUCUCUUACUCCGCCAGCAUACGGGACUGACCUCUCUCGCACACACUUCCCUCAGUUCUCUUACUCCGCCAGCAUACGGGACUGACCUCUCUCGCACACACUUCCCUCAGUUCUCUUACUCCGCCAGCAUACGGGACUGACCUCUCUCGCACACACUUCCAACAGUUCUCUUACUCCGCCAGCAUACGGGACUGACCUCUCUUGCACACACUUCCCUCAGUUCUCUUACUCCGCCAGCAUACGGGACUGACCUCUCUCGCACACACUUCCCUCAGUUCUCUUACUCCGCCAGCAUACGGGACUGACCUCUCUUGCACACACUUCCCUCAGUUCUCUUACUCCGCCAGCAUACGGGACUGACCUCUCUUGCACACACUUCCCUCAGUUCUCUUACUCCGCCAGCAUACGGGACUGACCUCUCUCGCACACACUUCCAACAGUUCUCUUACUCCGCCAGCAUACGGGACUGACCUCUCUCGCACACACUUCCAACAGUUCUCUUACUCCGCCAGCAUACGGGACUGACCUCUCUCGCACACACUUCCCUCAGUUCUCUUACUCCGCCAGCAUACGGGACUGACCUCUCUCGCACACACUUCCAACAGUUCUCUUACUCCGCCAGCAUACGGGACUGACCUCUCUCGCACACACGCGUGCACACACAUUCACAUUAGCAGGCAAGCUAACACAUAUUCACACACACUAGCACUGCUGGGGAAAUGGGCGCGCGCGUGCACACAAACUGACACACUCUCAAACGAACACUCGCACAAGACACACACACACCAGGAAGUGGUGAAAACAUGGAUCCUAGAGCAUGACGUGAUGACUGACCUCAGCAGGCCUGUGUGGAUAGACUGGCGACCCUGUCUCUCAUUCUGACGGGACCAGGUGGAACAGGACAGGGCUGCCCUUGGUCAUGCCUGCAGGACCCCACCUGUCUGCCCUCCACACUACUACUACACUGGGUACAUCAAAACAUCGACAACACUUCACCAUCCCUGGGUUAUGCCAGCAAAUACCACCUCACCACCAGCCAAACGCAUGCUGCACCUAUCCAACACACACACUCUGACAAGCAACACAUCAAUCCUCCCAUACACUGCAGAUGUUUUUUUUGUUUUUUUUUACUACUGGAUAAUAAAUUGUAAAAAAUAAUAAUCCAAACAAAUGUAGAAACACAUUAAAGAAAAAAAAUAUUUGAGGGGAGGGUGAAAAAUAUUUAAAUGUUUUUAUUUCGAUUGUUACGGUUUUAAAAGCCAUAUUUCUGCAAUUUACAAGUGCUCUUGCUGAAACUUGCGGUUACAAGUCGUGUGGACUGUUCCUACGAGGGAAAACAGGUCGGGAGUGGGAGAGGGGUAAGAUGAAGUCUGUGUGUACCUCGAAGGGUAGCCAUUUCCCUGCUUGCACUGUGUAUAUGAAUGGGUUUGAGUGUGGAAGAGAAUGUAUGAACAACCAUUUGAAUUUCAACAUCUGUUUUAUGUUUAUGCAUCUGCAUGGAUAUCUUUGGAUUCUGCAUGUCGGCUAAACAAGGAGAAGAAAGGACACUACAGCACAGUCAAUGAGAGUUUUAAAGGGAAAAUAGAGGUGGUGGAGUUGUAGCUUAGGCAGCCCUGUGGAUUGACUUGUUCCCCUGGUGGUUAGAACGGUCAUGAGAAAAGAAAGAAUAGAAGAGUGACCACAGCGCCAGCCUGACCAAUCCCCUGUCUGGAGCCCAGUCCAGAUCCCCACACAGCCAUAGCUGUCAAUCAUUUGUUUGAAUCAUCUGUUCACUUUUUAUUUUGAUGUAAAGAUCUGUUGUUUUUUAAAUAAUUGUUAUAUUCCCAUAUUUAAGGAUGAAAAUGUUUUAAUCAUGGAUCAAUUAUUAUUUGUGAUGAGGCCAAGCUAGACUCAUCACGAGGUUGAUAUUGAAGGUUGUGGUUGGUAUUUUUUAAGUAAUAUAAGACACAGACUAAGUCAUUUGUCAGUAUGUCAGAGUAGGACCAUGUAAACCAGGGUUGGGGUCAAUUCCAUUUAAAUUCAGUCAAUUUAGGAAGUCAACGGUGUUAAAGUCAUGGAUUGAAAUGGAAAUGACUCCAAUUCUGGUGUGAUGUUGUAUAUAAUGACGAGAUGGUCUUGUCUCUGCUCAAACAAUGGGAGUCGUCCCAAAGGCGGGAGGGUAGUCAAUCUGCUUAUCGCUGUAUUCUCUCGUGGACAGAUUGACGGGAGCGGAACCUUCCUCUCUGUGUGACCCUCACAUGAUGCACCAGUCUUGAAUGGUUGCGUACUCCCCGUCAGGCAUGUAGAGAAGUGGUCACAGGUGAAACAACCAUUGUGGGCCACAGCUAAGUGCUGUGACAUAUUUCAUUUUUGCCUUAAAAAAAAGAUUCCUUCACUCAUGGAACAUUUCAUUUAUCUUUGUUUUUGAUUUAAGUUGUUCCCUUUUGGUCCACCUAUUCCAACUUUGGAAGACAUUGUCUCAAUUAUAUAUUAAAUGUGUGUGUAUAUAAAACAAGUUUAAACAUGUUGAUUUUUCUUUAGGUUGUUAAUUUCGAUCAUGCGUGUGUUCCUUUUGUGUGUGUGUGUGUGUGUGUGUGUGUGUGUACUCAUGCACAGCAGCAGGUUGAUGUGGGGCACUGUGGAACAGGUCUCUAGUCUGUGCUCUAUACCUGUAUCCUCCGUACCUCAGUGGGUUAGUAUAGUCUGACUGCUGUACUCCAUGGCUGAGGCUAUGGGAAACAUCCCUCCACCAUCCAUUCUUGACUAAGGCCCAUAUUCAGCCCUGGUAAAUGCAGCUUCAGAAACGGCAGGACCGGAUUUCAGGAACAACCGCCCUCUGAUGGACCUCUCAUGUCGUUUUCAAUGUUAGGACGACCACGAGGGGGUGCUGUAGACCUUUUGUAAUGUUGACACUGGCAGUAAAGCCACACGGUCUCUGAACCUUGUCUCAAUAAAGUGAACAUGCUUUGUCUAGUAGUGUGUACACCUAACAUGCAAGCCAACACCCCUGACCUCUCUUGUAGGCUUUACACACAGACAAUCGAUAUGGAUCUCUUCACUGGCAAUGUAAAUAUCAAAAAGUAUUGAUGAAUGCAUCAUUUAUAGGCUAGAAGAGGGGAAAUUCACAGCUUUGUAGAUAGAAUGUGAGUUGUAGCUUUACAAUGAUUACCUUGCUUCUCUGUAUUUUGAAUGUGAUCAAUAGUCACGAAUGUCAUAUCGCAAUGCUGGUGUACCAAGAAUUCUUAGCUUGUUAUUGAGUUGAGCUUUAUCUGGGGAGGAGCUACGGUAAGCAAUAUUUUUAGGGAGAAGACUAUGUCCUGGUAGACAGCUUCAGCUCCCUUGUUACAAGAUUUUACAUUGUGACAAUUAUGUGCCAGUAAAGACUUUUACUGAA